UACAAGUUCAUAGAGUCGUCGUGAUUCCCACAGAGCUGACUAGCUGCCGGUCUCAGGCUUGAAACUCCCAAGCCCCUCCGAAGCAUAUGGAUUUUCCUUUCUGCCUGGGGCCGCGUUCCUUCCCGGAGCCUUCCUGUGGGUCAGUCAUACUUUCCCUCUGGAUUUACUCAAGGGAUCUGAAACAAUCUGAUCAACACCAGGUUUUUAUUUUCUUCUCACCCAGGAAGCCUUCCAAGCUGACAUGAACGCGGGAAGACUGUCUUGCCACCCGAAAAGAGAAAAGGACAUUAGAUGCUCACUUCAAGCAAGAUGUCACUUCGUAUGUCCUACACCAGUUCUUCUUACUUCAAUUCUGAGAUAGCACCCAAUGUUCAAGUCUGUCAAGAUCCUUCUGUAUCUUAAGCCUAUCUUCUGGAGUGUUGACUAUUCCUGCCAGCUUGGUGUCAUCUGCAAAUUUGAUGAGUUCCCCAUCUAUCACCUUAUCCAAAUUGCAACAUCUUGCUAGCUGGAAUGAGAAGCCAUGGUUCUUCAGUUGCCUCCUUGCAAAUGUUUCUGUUUUGUGUGUCCCUUCUCUGAUAAAUGUGCCCAAUUUCCUACCAGUGGUCACUGCUUCCUGCCAAUGAACAAAGACUGGAGAAGUUGCAUCAGAUUUAUUUCGUGAAGGACUCUGCAUUUGUUUCUGCUGGAAAUCACGUUUUUGAGAAGCGAUUGGACAGCCAUUAGUCUGAAAUGGUGUAGGGUUCCCUGCCUGAGCAGACAGUUGGACUAGAAGACCUCCAAAGUCCCUUCCAACUCAACUCAACUCAACUCAACUCAACUCAACUCAACACUUCUCUUCUUUUCUCUCCUCUCCUCUCCUCUCCUCUCCUCUCCUCUCCUCUCCUCUCCCCUCCCCUCCCCUCCCCUCCAUUCCAUUCCAUUCCAUUCCAUUCUAUUCUUCUUGCUCCAACUUAUUAAGAUCCUUCUGUAUCUUGAUAGUGCAUUCUAAAAUGUCUGUUUCCCCACAAUACACAGAUUUGAUAAACAUAUCUUCUAACUCCACAUAUUAUUUAUAAGCAAUUUGGCUUGACAGUUUCCUCAAGUGAGAUAUGGAACUAGUGAAAAAAAGAAAACCUCAGCGGGUAUAAUUGUUCGACAAGCUCUAUGUCCAGCUAAUGGUAGACAGUCCAGCCCAUAUCAUACCAUCUGUUCUACUGAAAUCUCACUUAAAAAUUUGUCAAAUACUUAAUCAAUCCUUUAAAUUAUCUGAAAAUAAAAUUUUGAAAAUAUGGCCCGUGGAAUAUUUUUCAUGGAUUUGAAGACCUCCAAGGUCCUUUCCAACUCUGUUAUUCUGUUUUGAAUAUGUGUCAUAAACAAUUAUGUCUUAUCUCAUUUCCCAGUGAAUUGCAUUCCUUCCUGGAGGUGAAAGUGGACAUAGGCAUGAAGCUGUGGCAGUCAAUAUUAGAAGCAUUUGUUCUAUUACCGUAUCUCAAUGUAUGGCUUGUUGAUGGACAAUCUCCUCCUGGGAAACCUAGAAUAGUAAGUUGCCUGUCCCAAGGAAAUGAAACAUUUACUUGUCGAUGGGAACCUAAUUCAGAUGGGGGUCUUCCUACAAAUUAUACUUUGCUCUACAACAUCGUUGGUGAAGAAGAGAUCCAUCAAUGUCCGGAUUACCUAUCUGCUGGGCCCAAUUCCUGUUACUUUAAUCAAAGAAUCACCAGGCUGUGGCAAACAUACAACAUCAGUGUAAAAGCUACCAAUGACGCAGGAAGUAUUUUAUCUGAUCCCCAUUAUGUGGACGUAAAAGAAAUGGUUAAGCCAAACCCUCCCAUGAACCUCUCUUUGGAAAUCAAAAUGAUAAAUGGAAUAAUGUAUGUGUGGACAAAAUGGUCACCAUCCCCGCGGGUGAAUGAUUCAGCACGAUGUAAUUAUGAAUUGCGACUGAAGUCUGCAGAAGGAAAAGAAUGGGAGAAUUACUUUGUGGGACAGCAGUUGCAGUAUAAAAUAUCUCAGUUGCAUCCAGGAAUGAAAUACACUGCUCAGGUUCGUUGUGUAACAGAUCGUGGUGGAAGGAGUGUGUGGAGCCCAGAAAGAUACAUCCACUUCCAUAGUGAGCAGCCUCCGGGGAAGCCAAUCAUUAGAGGAUGUCGCUCUCCCGAAAAAGAAACCUUUACUUGCUGGUGGAAGCCGAGCCCUGAGGGAAGUCUCCCCAAAAACUAUACGCUGCUCUAUAACAGGGAAAGAGAUACAAAAUACUAUGAAUGCCCGGACUACACAACAGCGGGAUCCAACUCCUGCUACUUUGAUAAAAAGCACACAUCGCUUUGGAUGACAUAUAAUUUUACUUUAAAGGCAAUGAAUGAGAUGGGGAGUAGUGUGGCAGACCCUUAUUACGUGGACGUAGCUAAUAUAGUUCAGCCAGAUCCUCCAGAAAAUCUUUCUCUAGAAUUUGAGAAAAAAGUAUAUGGACAGUAUGUGUUACUGACCUGGAAUCCACCUUCUCUGGGUGAUGUCAAAUCGGGCUGGCUAACUCUGGAGUAUGAAUUACAUAUAAAGCCUGAAGAAGGACAAGAGUGGGAAAAAAUAUUUGUUGGGCAAAGGACAUAUUAUAAGAUGUUCAGUGUGAAUCCAGGAGAAAAAUACGUUGCCCAGGUUCGAUGCAGAUCAGAUCAUGGUAUCUGGAGCAACUGGAGCCCUAAAAGUUAUAUCAAACUCCAAAAAGAUACCAGCGUAAAGGAUGUAGUUGUUUGGAUCGUUGUGGUUUUUUUAUCAAUUGCCGCUUGUUUGAUCUUGAUCUGGAUACUGGCUUUGAAAAAAACCAAGAUGGUAGCUCGCCUUCUACCACCAGUUCCAGGUCCAAAAAUAAAUGGCUUGGAUGCUCAAUUAUUACAGGCAGGAAAAACGGAAGAAUUGCUGAGCGCUCUUGAUUGCCAGGGUUUUCCUCCAACUUCAGACUCUGAUGAUCUGCUGAUUGAAUUUUUGGAGAUAGACGACAGUGAAGAUCAGCAGCUAAUGCCAAAUCAUGGAAAGAGUCACCCCAAUAAACAUGUAAGGCCAGCACACCAGGAAAUAGACUCCGAUUCAGGAAGAGGAAGCUGUGAGAGUCCAUCUCUACUGCAAGAGAAAUAUAAGGACGCCAGAAAACUGCCCCCUGCAGUAGAAGUACCAGAUCCUGAGGAGGUUCAAAGGAACACUGGUAGAAAAAAUAUCUCAGAAACUGUAAAGCUAGAGCCUGAAAGGCAUCUCCCACAGUUGACCAGUAGUAACCCAAAGUCAUCUACGUGGCCUGGAGACCAACCAGGGCACUCUCACACACCAAGGUGUUCCUCUCAUGAUGCCAUAGAGAUCUGCAAAAGGGUACUCAAAGCCACACGUGUAAAAAGGUCCCCCAUUUUGGGGAGAAGGGAAGGGGAGCAUUGCUCUCAGCCUCCUGAACCCAUUGAGACGAUCAGUAAAGUAAAAACAGGCCAACUGGAGGAUGAAGCCAAUGUAACUCUAAACUCUCAGCACAAUCAAGAGGCAUUCUGGUUAGCUUCUCCAGAGCAGUUGCCUUUUACGUCUACGAAGCCAAUGGAUUACGUAGAGAUUCACAAAGUCAGCAGCGACGGCGCGCUGGCUGUGCUACCCAAGCAGAAGGAAAGUGUUGACAAAACUGAAAAGGCUCCUCUGCCUACAGAUGCAAAAGAAUACUCCAAAGUUUCCACGGUUGUAGCUAAUCAUAUUCUGGUAUUGUUACCAGAGACCAAAACGGAGGCCUUGCCUACUUUUCAGGAACCCACAAAGGAGUCCCAUCCAGAAAGCCAGGCAGAGAAAAACAAGAUCUAUUGCCUCCCCGUUCCCAACACGUGCAAAAUACAGAUUGGUGGUUUAGAUUACAUGGAUCCAAAUAUCUUUAUGCCAGCCUUUCACUAAUAAACAAAUCGAAAUUCCCAGGUGACGCAAGGAAAAUAAACAUUCUUGACACAAAACUGCUCAGCUGUAGCUCACACCUGUUUAUGUUUUGCAUUCGGUCAUUAAGAACAGACCCAGGGGGGAAAUUCAUCUUGGAAUCCAUGAUUUAAGAGAAUUGUUUUGGUGAAGUCUUGCCUUUAGGGAAAAUAUGUGUCAUGAUUUUAUUUCAAACUACAACCUAUUUCGUUUAUGUCUGGUACAUCUUAUCAAAAAUGAUGAAGUAUCAAGGGUUUCUGGCUAAGCGGUGAUUGGGCACCCUGGGGUGAAGGCUACAACACAUAUGCAACCCGCCAUUUUUACUUCUCAUUUAUUGAGCCAUGACAUCUGACACCACGUAGAAGAAAUAUACAAGAGCAAAGGCCCUGCAUUUAAAAGUGUUCCUUUUUUCAAGUGCCACAGAACUGUAUCACUCUCAAAUUUUUGAUGACUCUUUUCUACCCCCAUCCCUCCUCCUCACCAUUUGAGAGAGGGGUGUUUCCUGCCUGGUCACCUUUAUUCCCACCAGAUGCAAAAGACUGAUGACAUUAGUCAAGAACCUUGAGUAGCUGCCAUUCAUAUUUAAAAAGGAGAAUAUUUGUAGUUCAGGGUCAGUGGUGAAAUCCACAUUUUUUUACUACCGGUUCUGUGGGCAGUGGCUUGGUGGGCAUGGUGUGGCUUGGUGGGCGUGGCAGGGGAAAGAUACUGCAAAAUCUCCAUUCCCACCCCACUGUAGGGCCAGCCAGAGGUGGUAUUUGCCGGUUCUCCGAACUAUUCAAAAUUUCCACUGCCGGUUCUCCAGAACCUGUUAGAACCUGCUGGAUUUCACCCCUGCUCAGGGUUGAAAUGAGGGGUCCUUGAUGUUCUCUGAGUUUGGUGGUUUUCUUCAGAUAUUUCAUUACCCAAACGAUCUAGUCUGGCACUGAUGAUGUUACCUAGUUUGGGUAAUGAAACGUCCGCAAGAAAACAACCAAAUGCAGACAGCACCAAAAACUCCACCAUUUUUAUUUCCCUCAGUGACCUAGAUCUGUGCUUAUAUUGCUCUGCUAAGGUAUGGGCAACUGUGGCUGGGUGCCAUAGGUAUAUUUACCCGUAGCUCAGCAGAGCAAUAUAAAAGCACAGAUCUGGGUCACAAUUGGAAAUGUAAACGGUGGGGUCAUUGAUGCUGUCAAUGAAGUGCUCGGUAGAAGCGUUAAACCAUCUCAAGGAAUGGUGUAAGUACAGGUAGUCUUCAAGUUACGACCACAACGGAGCCCAAAAUUUAUGUUGCAGAGUGAAACAUUUGUUAAGUGAGUUUUGCCCCAUUUUCUUGCCACGGUUGUUAAGUGAAUCACAGCAGUUGUUAAGGUAGCCACACGGUUGUUCAGCAUCUAUUCUCUUUUCUUACUGUAACAUUUUUUUAUUGGGUUAUAAGAUAAAAUAAGAUACAAAAUACGAAAGUAUAUUGGAAAACAGUGGGGGAGGGGAAGUGAGGAGGAGAACUUUGACACUAUAUAUGUUGACAGCAGCAAGAUUAUUAUACACACAAAAAUGGAUUCCUACCAUGGAUGAAUGGUUGCAGAAGCUGAUGGAGUUGGAGAACUUUGUUCUUGAAAUGGAAAAGAAUGAAACUUUGAUUUUGGGUUUUAUCGAUUAGGUUGAUAGAUCCUUAUAGAAAUCACUAGUUUAUAUUAUUAUGAAAAACCAAAAGGUGUGGUUUGAUGUUAAUGCCUUAUUUUACUGCAACAGAGGAAGUCGGAAGUCAAUGCUUCUUUUUCUUUUUCCUAACCGCAACACGGUUGUUAAGUGAAUCCAGAUUCCCCAUUGACUUUGCUUGUUGGAAGGUCGUAAAAGGGGAUCACAUGACCUUGGGAUGCAGCCACUGCCAUAAAUAUGAACCAGCUGCCAAGCAGCUGAAUGUUGAUUACGUGACCAUGGGAAUGCUGCAACAGUCGUAAGUGUGAAAAAUGGUCAUAAGUCACUUUCUUCAGUGCUGCUGUAACUUUGAACGGUCACUAAAUGAACUGUUGUAAGUCCAUUACAACAGAGGACUACCUGUAAUAGGAGGCCCAUGGCCCUGUGCGGGGAAUUUGUUGUUGAUGCCUACAUUGGGUCAUUCUUUGGCCAGCCAAAAACAGGAUACUUCCCUGUUUCUUCAGUGGAAUAAAUAUGACACUUAACAACCAAACAAAACCCCUGAACUCCAUGACAGAAAAUGGAUACCCAUCACACGCUACAUGAUUGUAUUCUGUUGUUACUCAUGUGGGUUCUAUGAUAAGCUGCUAGUAAAAAUUUGCAAAUUUAUGUCACAUGCUGCUAUGUACGUUAACACAUUUUAGAAACUCAGAAAAGGAGGGGGGGUGUUGUUAUUUCUCUGCUUUUUUUCCUAUUUUAAAAAAAAGUCCUAUUUUUAUAAAUGUUUAAAAACUUACCUCAUUCUAAGCUAUUAAAAUAUACCUAACUAAGGGGAGGGGAAAAAUUGUGCCUCUUGUAUGGCUUUGGUGCGCUAGGUUUUUGAAUUCCUUUUUGAUUGAGCUCAUUGCAAAAAUCUCCCUUGGUACUGAGAGUACUUACAAAAUAAAUGAUUUUUGAAUUCCAACCCAGGGAGGAAAGAGGAGAUUUAAACUAGCCCACUUCUGUGUCACUCUAAUUGAAUUCAAUUUCAUAUACUGCCUUAUUGUACAUAAUAAAAAAGCUACUUUAAUAUA